AGUAUUUAUCUUCGCAUCAUCGUCCUCGUUCUCGUCGUCCUUCUUAAAAACCCUCUCAAGUCUCAAAGGUCUCCUUCUCUUUUAAAACAAAUCAUCUCUCUGUAAAUUUGAUUCAAUGGGUUUUAGCAAAGAAGAGAUUAGUAAAAGCAGAAAGCUUUGGUCAUCUCUAUGGAGAGGAAUCAAAACUGUAUUCGUUUUAUUCACAAUGUUCCUCUCUUUUCUCCUCGUCUCUGCUCCUAUCUUUCUCGCCAUCGCCGAUGCUCUCCUCCCUUCCGCUCUCCUCCACCGUCUCUCUUCUCCGGCUAACCUCUCUUCUCAUCUCACCAACUACGAUUUCCGUCACUCUCUCAUCGAUAUUCCCUUAAUCUCAAUCAUUAGAUCCGCCGUUAUACUCUGUGUGUAUGGACUCUGUGACGGACCAAAACUGUCUAGAGGACCGUAUCUGACGAUAACAAUGAUAUGCUCAGUCUCAUCUCUAAUCUACGUUUCGUUAAAAGCGGCGUUUGUGUUCGGCGAGCCACAAAUCGGAGACGGCGGAGGAAGUUACUUCAGAGCGGCGGAAGUAGCUUUGUUCCUCUGCUCCUCUGUUUUAGCAAUAGGUCACAUCGUUGUAGCGUAUCGAACUAGCUGUAGAGAAAGAAAAAAGCUUCUCGUCUUCAAAAUCGACAUUGAAGCUGUUUCGGCUUGUAAAAACGUGUACCCGAGAUAUCAAAAGAUCCUACAACAAGAGAGACUCAAAUAGAGACGUAUUUUUUUUUCAGGAGAAUCACUAAUACUUGUAAAUAUGUAUACGCACACACAUACGUCAACAUGUAAAUAUAGUUAUUAAGAAUACGACGUAUAAAAUGUAGCUUCUUCGUUUGCCUUUCGGCGUUGACCCAUCAACGAUCCUUCGCUUUUAAGUUUCAGAAGGAUCCAAAGCGGAAGGAACAAAUCAGGAAUGAAGAUUAUAUAUAACCUAUGCUUUGUUUGUAUUUGAGACAACUCAUAUGAAUUGGCAGUUGUUAGCUUUAACUUUUAACAUUGGAUUAGUUAGGGCGAUUUGUAAAUAAUCCAAGAGUACAUCAAUGACAAAAGAAGCCUAAGGCAUCUUUUUUGUUUUUGUCUCUCCGUUUUAUAUACAUGUUUAUGUAUGUGCUUUUAUUAUUGGUUUUGAUAUAUGUGUGUAACUGUAAGCAUAAAUAAAGCACAUAGUAUGUGA